UCCAAAAACCCUAAGAAAUCUACCAUGACUGGGAUGAGCACAAGAAUCAUGAAUCAAAAUCAUUCUUUUCUUCUCCUUCUAGGAAGAAGAGAAACGAUCUUACCUUCCACUUCUCAAUUUCUUCCUUUUCACAGAAUCUACUGCAAGUAUUUUCGUUCUUCUUCAGACCAUGAAGCACAAAAUCAGCAAAAUCAGCAUGUUUAUGAAGGAUCUCCUUCAAUUGGGUCGCCAUCAAGAGUUCAAAAGCUCAUCGCCUCACAAACAGAUCCGCUUCUUGCUAAAGAAAUUUUCGAUUUAGCCUCACGCCAACCUAAUUUUCAUCACUCAUAUGCAUCAUUUCAUACCCUCAUUCUCAAAUUGGGUAGGUCCUGUCAAUUCUCUCUAAUGCAAGAUGUUCUAUCUCUUCUCAAGGUUAAAUCUUAUCAUUACCCUUCAAUCCCUUCGUCUCUUUUCUCCCACAUUAUUCAAAUGUAUGGAGAUGCUAAGUUACCGGACAAAGUCUUAAAAACCUUUUAUACAAUCCUCGAAUUCAACAUCAAGCCAACUCACAAGCAUUUGAAUUCCAUCCUUCAAAUCCUCGUUACCCAUCGAGAAAACUAUCUUAGACCAGCCUUUGACCUCUUUAAAUCCGCUCCUCGUUAUGGGGUAUUUCCCGAUACUCAAUCUUACAACAUUUUGAUACAAGCUUUCUGUUUGAAUGAUGAUUUGAGCAUUGCAUAUGCACUGUUUGGUAAAAUGCUAAAGAGAGACGUCCUCCCAGAUGUUGAAUCUUAUCACAUCUUAAUUAUCGCGUUUUGUAGGAAGAGUCAAGUGAAUAAAGCAGUGGAAAUGUUGGAAGAUAUGUUGAACAAAGGGUUUGUUCCUGAUUUGUUAAGUUACACAACUUUAUUGAACAGUUUGUGUAGGAAGAAGAAGCUAAAAGAGGCUUACAAGCUUCUUUGUAAGAUGAAAAUGAAGGGUUGUAAACCGGAUAUUGUACAUUACAAUACUGUUAUCAUUGGCUUCUGCAGGGAAGGUCGUUCUCACGAUGCUUGUAAAGUAUUGGAGGAUAUGAUCUCGAAUAAGUGUCUACCGAAUUUGGUUUCUUAUCGAGCUUUAGUUGGUGGGCUAUGUAAUCAGGGUAUGUAUGCUGAAGCAAAGAGUUACAUGGAGGAAAUGCUUUCUAAAGGAUAUUCUCCCCACUUUUCCGUUGUACAUGCAUUAGUAAGAGGUUAUAUUAAUGGAGGGAAGAUCGAAGAAGCUUGUGUUUUUCUAGAGAAUAUGUUAGCCAAAGGAGUAAUUCCACAUGUGAACACUUGGAUUGAGAUUGUUUCAAGGAUUUGUGAGGUGGAUGAGUCUAUUAGAAUGGGGAAUGGUUUAGAAGAGGUUUUGAAGGUGGAGAUAGGACCCAACACAAGAAUAGUCGACGCAGCUUCCGGUUUGGAGAAUUACCUGAUUUCGAAGGUACAACGAGUAAAGCCUCGGGUUGCUUGAAAGUGUCAUGUUUUUCAUUCUUCUCUGAGAUCAGGGUUUUUUCCUUGAAGAAGUCUAGCACAACAUUCCACUGCCAUGAUCUUCCAUUUCAAUUCAAGGUGCAUUCAGUGAGGAUCAAACUUUAAGAAUCCUAUCACUUGAGCUACAAUGUGUGGGUGAUUUGCAGGUAUUUUUGUUGUGCCAAUUUAAUAGGCUUUAUGUUAGGGAUGCACAUAGAGGCUAACAUUGUUGAGAUUUUUUUUUGUAUUGGCUUAUCUACUAAUAUUAUGUUGUUGGUUAACUUU